AUAAUGCAUAUUAUCGUAAUAUCAUAUUAUUGAAUUAUAUUGUACCUACACCAUUAUUAUUUAUUAUUUUGUAAUAGUGAAAAAAAUAUUUAAAAAUACAAUGCGGUCGAUGUUUGUCAACCUGUCACCGGUUUAUUUUCGUAUAUUGGCGUGCAUGUCUGUGUGGCCAUCUGUCAAAUCGGCUGAUUGGUCAUAUUCAUCUGAUAAAAACAAUAAAAAUGUUCUCGUUUUGUAAAAAUUUAUCACCAGUUCUAUUGUGUAUUUUGUGUACAAGAAUUUUCAAUAUCACGUAUUCACGUUAUCGAUCGCUCAUAAAAUAAAGACUAAAUGACCUACUAUUAAAGUCGUAACCCAAAUAAUAAGUUGAGACGUUAGUAAACUUGUUUUCAAAGUAAAGGGGGUCACGAAUUCAACACUAUCAGAUGAAGGUUAAAGUUAAACAACACUAGGUUCACAAUAUUUUUCACCAGUAUUAAAAGAUGUAGUUGAAUUUAUUGUUCACGGAAAAUGACAAACAAUCAUCCAUCAGCCCAAACUGAUCGGUCGACGGAUUGGCGGUCACGUCGACCGGCGUUAUGAAGAAGACCGCUGUUAAUUAUGAACGUACUCACUCGUUGGCGGAUGACGAUGAAGAUGGUCGCGAGAUAAUAUUAGAACGUGAUCCAUUUCGGCGCCCUAAGUCUCACCGUAUCACUGUGCUUUCAGGGCAAAAUGGUUUGGAAGAGAAACCGUCUAAAAGUGAUGUUGAUUUACCUAAAAAAAAUAGACGUAGUUGGGAGAGAGAAGAAGAAGUGCUUCUGAAUAAUGAAUCAUCCCUCGAUGAUGAAGAUGCUGCCAGAAAACUACGAAAAUGGAGCAAAAGUAAAAUAGAUUUGUUAAUGCCCAGUUUACGGUCCCUGGUCACUUUGGCCAGGGGCAAGUCAUCCUCAUCUUCAUCAUUAAAUCAACCCGGUUCAGCAGAAAGUUGGUCACAUUUAGAAUGUAUACGGAAUGAUGAACCAAUUCGUAAAUACAAUACUAUGGUAACAUUAUCUAAUGUAGUACUAAAUCGGCCUGCUGGAAUCAAACCAAUAAAUCGAUUACGAGAUACUGCUGUUUGUUCAAGAUGUAGUAGUGUUUUGUCUUUGGCUGCAUCUUCAUCUAGAUAUUCAUUAGGAUCAACAUCAAGCUUUGUAACACACCGAGAUCAACCUAUUGUACUUUGUAAAGUAUGUUUAAAUGAAGUUCCUGUAAAAAAUUCUUGGACGCUUCAACAAUGUGGCUGCUCCUAUUGUAUUGAAUGUGUGAAAGCAUAUGUGGAAUUUGAAAUCAACCAAGGUGCAUACAAUAUAUCUUGUCCAGAUGCUCAAUGUCCGAAGCUGGGCAUAAUCCAGUUAGAAGAAAUAGAAGCAUUGGUCAGCAUUGAUGAAAUUGAAAAACAUCAAAGAUUCAGGCUUAAUAAGGAAGUGGAACUGGAUAAAAGUCGUAUGUGGUGUCCAAAACCAGGAUGUGAAACUGUUUGCGAUGUUGGUGAUCGCUCUCGACCACAUAGUGUAAUAUGCCCUACCUGUCAAACCGAAUUUUGUUCUGGAUGUCGAGCAACAUGGCAUCCUGGAAAACCAUGCCCUCCUCCUACUACUAAUGACAUGCCUACAUUUGAUUCAGAUUUAAUUAAAUGUUGUCCCAUGUGUAGUGUACCCAUUGAAAAGGACGAAGGCUGUGCUCAAAUGUUAUGUAAAAGAUGUAAACAUGUCUUUUGUUGGUAUUGUCUUGCUUCUUUAGAUGAUGAUUUUCUUUUAAGACAUUAUGACAAAGGUCCGUGUAAAAAUAAAUUGGGUCAUUCGAGAGCUUCCGUAAUAUGGCAUCGUACCCAAGUGAUUGGUAUAUUUGCUGGUUUUGGUAUACUGCUACUUGUUGCUAGUCCCUUGUUAUUACUAGCUGCUCCAUGUAUAGUUUGUUGUAAAUGUCGGGUAUGCACUAGUGGAUCAAAAUUAGAUGAUCCUGAUGAUGAUAUAAUGGAUGAACCAAAUUGAUUCAAAGAAAACUUAAAUUUCAUUCCAUUGUUAAUGCCAGUGAUCAGAAAUAUUUUAAAAUGUAUUCUACUCGUGUGUAUUUAAUUUUUACAAAUUCUAUACUCUAAUUACUUUUUCAAUGUAACCACGAUUUUUGACCAAUUAAAUUGUUUUUUUAUAUUGAUCUCUUAUGUAAUAUAAUAAACAAUAUUACCCAAAUUAUUGAAUCAUUGUAGUUAAUUUAAUUUUUGUAUUUAUGUAAAAUAUGUAUGUUACAUUCUAUAUAAUUGUUAGAUCUAAUUAUAAUAUAUGUGAUUAGUUAAUGUUACUAUAUACAUACUUAAUACUUAUGUAUAUUGUUUAGAUUAAUUUGUUUCCGUUUUAACGCUGUGAUAAUAUUUAAAAAAAAUAUAUUUAUGUAUAAAUAAAUAUAUUAUAUUGAAACACAUACCUGUCAACUGUGUGAUAAUCACAAAAAAUGCUGUCUUUAAAUUUGCAUUAUUAAAAUAUUGUGCUUCUAAUAAAAUGUAAUUAAUACUAUAUCAUUUGUUUAAAAAAUAUAUGUUAAUUUUUUAGACUUAAUUACAAUUGUUAUAAAAUGGUAACUUGUGCUACAAAAUAUGAACUAUAGAACAAAUGUAUGUAUUGUUACUACUUAUAGAAAUUACCUAGGGAUAACUAGGGGUAGACUCAUGGUGCUGAUUGUUAUUACUAUUUUAUUUUUACUUAUAAUUAUUGCUAUAUAUAACCCACGACCAAUUCACUGAAUACCAAAAUGGAGUACUAGAAGAUAUAGGUAAUAAUUUAUCUGUCACCUAAUAUUCACGUCAUGCGUUAUUAUGCGAAAAGUUACUUGUGAUAAUAUUAAUAUUUAUGUUAUAUGAUUAUUAAUAAAUUAUUAGGAGUAGCAGCCAUUAUAAUAUUAUAGUAUCAGUAUUUACUAUUUAGUUAUAUCAUAAUAUAUGAUGCUAUAGAUUUAACAUUUAAAGCACCCGGCCAGGGGGCGCUGCUGAGUGACUGCCCACUAAUGUUAUUUCUCCUGUCACUCACCAUUAAAUUAUCAAAUUUGCUUAUUGUACUUAACAUUGUAUAGAAUGUAAAUAUUUCAAAUAUAAAAUUUAAAAAAAAAAAACAUUUAAAGAAUUUGUAAUAUGACUAAUCAAAAUCAAAAAAUAAUAAUAUAUAUGAUCGCCAGACAGUAAACAAGUAAAAAUAGGUGGGAAGUGGGUGUCGCUCUGCUGUACAGAAGGUUACAAGUAGGUCACUGUAAUGUAUGGUGUUAAUUGUUAAAUUUGAAUUCAAUGAUAUAAUAUCAUUGUAUAAGAAAAACGAUUCUGAGCGAAAACGGUCAGUCAGCCUAUGAUAUUACUAAGUAUAUUUGAUGAUAUUAUUGUAGAUAAAGUAAUUUA